AUUUACAAUUGCAAAAAAGAAACCAGGAAAGCUUCUUAAGCACUGAAACAAACCCAAAAAAAAAAAAAAAACUCUUCAAAGCGAAACCAAAUUUCACAAAACACGUAAGCGUAGAUCGGAGCAAAACAACUAUGAAGAAAAUCACGAUUCCGGUAGAAUCUCUUGACGAAGAAGACGAUUUCCUACUACAACUCGCCGCAAUUGAAGCUGAAGCAGCAGCGAAACGCCCUAGGGUUUCUUCUAUACCGGAAGGACCAUACAUGGCGGCUCUAAAAGGAAGCAAAAGUGAUCAAUGGCAGCAAAGUCCAUUAAAUCCCGCCUCUAAAUCUCGCAGCGUCGCUGUUACCACCGGCGGUUUUCAAAGAUCAGACGGAGGAGGAGGCGUCGCCGGUGAACAAGAUUUUCCGGAAAAGAGUUGUCCCUGUGGAGUUGGUAUCUGUUUGAUUCUUACUUCAAAUACACCGAAGAAUCCAGGUCGCAAAUUCUACAAGUGUCCCAAUAGAGAGGAAAACGGUGGUUGUGGAUUUUUCCAGUGGUGUGAUGCGGUUCAGUCUUCUGGAACUAGUACUACUACUAGUAAUAGCUAUGGAAACGGUAAUGAUACUAAGUUCCCGGAUCAUCAGUGUCCGUGUGGUGCGGGUUUGUGCCGUGUGUUGACUGCGAAAACAGGCGAAAACGUUGGCCGUCAGUUUUAUCGAUGUCCUGUUUUUGAGGGCUCUUGUGGUUUCUUCAAAUGGUGCAAUGACAAUGUAGUCAGCUCUCCUACGUCGUAUAGUGUUACCAAAAACAGCAACUUUGGUGACUCAGAUACCAGAGGAUAUCAAAAUGCGAAAACGGGCACGCCCUGUUAUAAAUGUGGGAAAGAAGGGCACUGGGCAAGAGAUUGCACUGUUCAGUCUGAUACGGGACCAGUAAAGUCUACAUCUGCAGCUGGAGAUUGUUUUAAAUGCGGAAAGCCAGGGCACUGGUCGAGAGAUUGCACUGCUCAAUCUGGUAAUCCCAAGUAUGAACCAGGGCAAAUGAAGUCGUCAUCUUCAAGUGGAGAAUGUUACAAAUGCGGGAAGCAAGGACAUUGGUCGAGAGACUGCACCGGUCAAUCUAGUAAUCAACAAUUUCAAUCAGGGCAAGCAAAAUCCACAUCCUCAACUGGAGAUUGCUACAAAUGCGGAAAAGCAGGACAUUGGUCAAGAGAUUGCACUUCCCCUGCUCAAACUACAAACACUCCAGGCAAAAGACAGAGGCAGUACUAGGUCAGGCUUUCUAGUUUUGAUCUGUCUUAUACAAAAUCUUAGGGUCUCUCUUAAUAUAGUUAACCACUUCAUUGCCAUGGCCAAUGGGUGUGCCUAACUUCGAAACCUAGCUUUAUCUUCCAUCUUAUGAAUCUUUCUUUUGUUACCUUUUUUUUAGAAAGCUUGUGAAUCAAAGAAGACUGAUCUGUUUAAAGUUACUGCAUGAAAUUACCUUACAUUUGAUUUGUUUUCUGACGUUUUGAUAUAACAUAUCAUAAUGGGUUGUUCUAUUAUUUUGUUGGGUUGAAAUGUGUCCAUUAUUCCAAUUGUGACAAA